AUGAAUAAUAGCAUGAAUUAUUUCUACAUUACAUUGGAGAAGUCAAGAGUAAGAAAGGCAAAUUUGAUAUGUUUAGUUCCUGAUAAGGUCAUUGAAUUUGGAAAGGGAUUUCUUGUAGAAAGAAUACUAGAAGGAGAAAUCUCCAUUGGAGGACCCUUUAGAUACUUCUCAGCUAAAUCAUUUAUGAAGAACUAUGGACUUUGCGGUUCGCUUGCACUGCAAGUUCCACCUUGCAAAAGUAGACAGUGGAAGAUGACUCCUCUGCAUGUUUUGAAAUAUGUUUUACCAGUGGUCACUACAAUAAUUGUGAUAGCAGCCUUCAUUAUUGUCCUCAAAAGAUGCCAAAAAAGGAGUAGAAAUCUGCCAGUUAUCGAAGAUAUAUUGCCUCUGGAAAUGUGGAGAAGAAUUUCCUACAAUCAACUUUUACAAGCAACUAAUGGAUUUGAUGAAUGCAACUUGCUUGGUUCAGGGGGUUUUGGGUCAGUGUAUAGAGGAACGCUUUCAGAUGGGAUGAAUGUUGCAAUAAAAGUGUUCAAUAUGCAGGCACAUGGUGGAUUCAAGAGUUUUGAUGUUGAAUGUGAAGUAAUGCGCAACAUUUCUCAUCGCAAUCCUGUGAAGGUCAUUAGUAGUUGCUCUAAUGUUAGCUUCAAAGCCUUAAUAUUCGAGUUCAUGCCUAAUGGGAGUCUGGAGAAAUGGCUAUAUUCCUAUAACUAUUUUCUGGAUAUCCUACAAAGAAUUGAUGUAGUGAUUGAUGUUGCAUCAGCAUUAGAAUACCUCGAUUUUGGCUGCUCUCUAUCCAUGAUCCAUUGUGAUGUAAAGCCAAGUAAUAUCGUACUAGAUAAAGACAUGGUCGCACAUGUUGGAGAUUUUGGCAUUUCCAAACUCUUAGGAGAAGAAGACUCCAUGAGACAAACCAUGACACUUGCCACUAUCGGCUAUAUGGCACCGGGUGAUUAG